AUGAUCAAUUUUUUGCGAAAAUUGGCCAACUCCACCACGGCCUCAAUUGAAUCGGAGCACAACGCAACUGUAAUGCGUGGGGAAAUGAAGAAAGGCGGGAAAAUAAUUCGCGAACUACACAAAGAAGGACACGGGGGGGGGGCCGGGGGGGACGUAAAUGCGAGGGUGGCCCCAGGCCGGGGGCCCGGGGGGGCGGGGGGCAAAAACGGAAGCGUGGGAACUCCGGGAAUCGUGGGGCAAUAUUCCCACCGGGGGGGGGUCCGUGCGAGCCCACACCCCGGGGGGGCAGCACGGGGGCAGGGGCUUUGGGGAAGGAGGGAUGGGGGGGGGGGCACCGCAAGGCGGGCGACAAGCUUACGGGCGGGGGGGGGACCUAGGGCCCCUCCCUGGGGCCCCGGGGGGGGGGGGGGCCGCCCAGGGGGCGGCAGGGAAACCCCGGGGGUGGGGCGGCCCCCACCCUGCGGGCAAUCUCGCCGGGCGGGCGGGGGGUGCGCGGGACUGAGGCCCACACCCCCACGGGCGGCCCCCCGCCCACGUACCGGGGGGGCCCACCGCGCGUGCCUCCCGCAUCCGCCGGGGCCGGGGGCAGGGCCUGGGGGGCAGACGGCCACCGGGGGGGGCCUCCGGGCACCAGGGGGGGGGGCCACGGCCCGGCCCUCCCGCGCGGGGGGGGGCCCAGGGGGGGCCCGGACCAACCACACCCCGGCCGGGCCCACGCUACGGAGGGCGGGGGGGGGGGUGCCGCCGGGGGGCUACGGGACCGGGGGGGGGCCCUCAGCCGGGGCCCAGGCCGCCCUGGGUGGGGGGCUGCGUCAGUCGGGAUGGGGGGGGGGCCGAGUCGACGGGGGGUGGGGGGGGGGGGUGGUGGGGCCCCCCCCGUGGGGGACCCACCUGGGGGGAGGGGGUGGGGUGGGGGGGGACCGCCCCCUGGUGGGGGGGGGGGGGGGCGGGGUGAUGAGGGGCAGUGGCGGCCGGCAGCUCCGGGGGGGACGGCCGGCUCCUAGGGGGCGCGGGGGGGGUUCCCGGCUGCCUGGCUGCGCCGGGGGGGGGGGGCCAGUGGGCGCCGGGAGGUCCCAGGCGGGGGGGCGGCAGCGGGUUGUAGGGGGCGCCGUGGGAACCACCCCAGGGUGGGGGGGGGCUAGUGCCCUACACGCCACCCGACCGCCUUGGGGCCGGGGGGGGGGGUGCGCCCCGGGGGGGGGGGGGGGCCCCCAUAAAAGGGCCCGGGCCGGCCGCCCCCCCCCGACGUGCCGGGGUGGCCGCCGCCCCCGCCCCACCGGGGCCGUUCGGGCCGGGUGGGUGGCGUUGGGUGCCCGCCACAACCCCGGGAUUGAUCCCGUUGCGCGCCCGGGUGGCGCCGUGGUCCUUGUGGGGGUGCCCCGGUCCCCCACCGGCUGGUCGUACCCGCUGGCGGGGGGGGUGCCCCCAUACCGCAGGUGGUGGGGUGCGGCGCCCGGUUGCUCCCCGCCCCCAGGUUCUGGCCCCCGCCUUCUCAACAUCUCUGGCCCUCCGGCGGAAUCGCACAGGUGCCCGAUCCGAAACAGAUCAAACUCCGACUGCAGGGACACUUCUGGACUCCACCACGGGAGACCCAACCGCACCCCGGGGCAGGGGCGGGAACAGGGCGGGCGCGGGCCCAAGGGGGGGGGGGAUUUCCGCCACCUUAGGGAUGGCACCCCCGAAAUGGGGGCCUCGAGACCCGACUCCCCACCCCGGCGCCCGGGUGCCACCAGCGGCGGGGGGGGCGGUGCGGCACCACGGGGCGCGGCCACCCCCUCAACCACCAUGAGCCUCCUCCGGGCCAGGCCGGGAGGGCCGGGACAGCCCCACCAGGGACACGGCUGA